AUUUUCUGCCCAGUCUUAAGCUGCUGUGGACUGACCAGAAGUUGAUAAAAAGCCCGCCUGCGAGGGCGAGCAGACUGCCUGGUUGCCCGUGGGCCUGGGAGCCACCGCUCUGUGCGUCAGAGACAAAGCAGGUCAUGGGGACAGUGUCGGGGAUCAAGAGCUGCCUGGCCGCGGGGUUGUUGCGGAACCGAGUGGCUAUCGUCACCGGCGGCGGCACUGGCAUUGGCAAGGCUAUAGCCCGCGAGCUGCUGCACCUAGAGUGUAAUGUAAUUAUCGCCUCACGUAAAUUUGAUAGCUUAAAAUCUGCCGCAGAAGAAUUGAAUGCUGCCCGCCAGCCCUCCAACCCAGCCAUCAUUACUCCUAUCCAAUGUAAUAUUCGAAAUGAAGAAGAGGUUAACAAUUUGGUUAAAUCCACAUUAGAUAUCCAUGGUAAAAUCAAUUUCUUGGUGAAUAAUGGAGGAGGACAAUUCCUCUCUCUUGCUGAAUUGAUCACUUCAAAGGGAUGGAAGGCUGUGGUUGAAACCAACCUGACUGGCACCUUCUACCUUUGCAAAGCAGUUUACAAUUCCUGGAUGAAGGAACAUGGAGGUUCUAUGGUGAACAUCAUUGUCACGUUAACUAAAGGACUUCCUUAUGCUUCGCACAGUGGAGCAGCAAGAGCUGGUGUUGAAAAUUUGACCAAGUCUUUGGCAAUAGAAUGGGCCUCCCAUGGAGUAAGAAUCAAUUGUAUCAGUCCUGGAAUAAUUUAUUCCCCAACGGCCUUUAAAAACUAUGAAAAUACUACAGAGACCAACAUUAAACAAUAUUAUCAAUAUUGCCUAGCUAAGAGAUUUGGUGUUCCUGAAGAGAUCUCUUCUGUCGCAUGUUUCUUGUUAUCUCCUGCAGCCUCAUAUAUUACAGGACACACAGUAGUUGUGGAUGGUGGUUAUACUUUGUAUACCGAAGCAUUUGAUGUACCAGACCAUGACAACUGGCCUGAUGGACCGGGGGACCUUUCCACAGUCAAAAGAAUGAAAGCUUCCUUUAAGAAGAAACCCAAACUUUAAGCUAAAGAAAAUAAAAAACGGAAUUUCUUCUACUUAAAACGAAGAAUGAAUUUUACCAUUUCUGGGAAAUUAUGCUUUUAAUGGAAAAUUGCUUUCUGCUUUUAACAGUCAUAAAUUUCAUCUCAGCACAAACUAUAUCUCCAAAGACUUUAAAAACCUGUCUUGAGCUGUAUUUUUUAAAAAUAUUUUUAAAAUGUUGAUUCAGAUGACUAGGAAACUUGAAAAAUAUAAACCUCAAGUGGUCACCUCUUAUACCUUGAUCCUUACCUGUUAAAAUCAGGAAUAUGGGGGAAGAAAUAUAUGGUGUAUUACUCCUUUGAGCAAUCAAAUAAAGCAAAACAAAAUUAAGAAUGAUUAA